UGAAUGGGAGACAGGAGAUUGAUGGAGCUUCUGUAGGACAUUGUUUGUGAUAGAAGUUCUAAAUUGUUUACGAUCGUGAAGUUUUACGGAAGAAAAAAGCAUAAACCGGCGUGAUCUCAUGGAUUGAAAUCUCAUCACUUGAAGAAGACAAGUUUCAAGAAUUUUCUGUAAACAUGUCGACUGAGAAUUUCUUGGCCAGGAUUUUUCCAACUGCAGAAAGUGAUAUUCCCUUGGCAUCUUCCAGAUCUGAAAUAAAUUUUUCAAAUUUGCAAGAAAAUUUAAAGCAGAUGCUUGCUCUCCAUGAACUUCAAGAAAGACAAAUUUUAGAUCCAGAACAAAAGGCUUUGCAAGAUGGACGUAUUGGAAGUGAAGUUGUUGUUGUUGAUCCCACCAGCCAAUGUGGUAAUAUGAGAAUUGAGAAAGAAAGAAUUGAGAUUGAAAGCCAGAGUAAUUUCAGCAGCAUACGGGCAAAUGUCUGUGUUUGUAGAGGUCAAUGGAUGUAUGAAGUUCUUCUUGGCUCAAAAGGCAUAAUGCAACUUGGCUGGGCAACCAUGAAGUGCAAAUUUACCAAUGAGGAGGGUGUUGGGGAUACUCCAGAUUCAUAUGCUUAUGAUGGCCACAGAGUUCGAAAAUGGAAUGUUGCAACUGGAAAAUAUGGAGAGGAAUGGAUGGCUGGGGAUAUAAUUGGUGUUUGCAUCGAUAUGGAUGAAGGAUGUAUCUCCUAUUCAAGGAACGGCCAUUCACUUGGCGUGGCUUUCAGAGACAUCCGUCGUGGCAAGGGAUAUGCCUACUUUCCUGCAAUCAGUUUGUCCUUUGCGGAGGUGGUACAGCUAAAUUUCGGAGGCACACCCUUCAGGUAUCCAGUUGAUGGUUUCAAACCGAUACAAGAUCCGCCAGUCUGCGAAAACAAUAAAGCAGAUACUUUGUUCAAAUGCCUAGACAGACUUUUGCCAACGCCAUACAGAGUCCCAGAUACACCGGAACUUUCCAGUAAAUCGGAGACAGCCUCGUUUCUCACUGCAGCUCACAUCUUUGAGCAACUUGCUCCACUCAUGAUGGAUCCCUAUAUCGUUGACAGUCAUUUGAUCCCAGCGCUUCUCAAAUCUUGUAACCUCGAUAAACCUUUUGAUAUCCAAGAGGGAGUGAAGAAUUUGCUUGAAUACAUGUGGGCAUGUCUUGAGGAUUUUGAGAUUCAAGCAAUAUUCGAGUCGCUGAUUUGGUCUCUUGUAAAGGGAUAUUGGUUUGGUCCAGUUGAAUCGAGUUAUCAGAAACAGUUAAAUUACCUUGUUGUGGCAUUGGAGUUAUUGCGACACGAACCAACUUGCAGACUAUGGCUUUCAAGUUCACAGUUUCAUAAAUUCCCGUACAUGCUGCACGUUAGGCCACCAGAUGACCGUGGUAUCAAAGAUGCAUUUGCAGUUGUUUGGUGGGAUGGCCUUGAGAAUACUGAUGACCCCGAAUAUGACAACCGGAAGGCAACUUACGAUAAAGAAUGCACAGAUAUUCAAGACAAAGUCACAGUCCUUGAAAAUAUCCAAGUUGAAAUGUGCAAAAUUCUUAUGCAGCUUGAUGAUACAUCAUCACGUAGGGAUCCAAGAGCUCUCAGGGUGAUUCUUAUUGACAAGAUUCGAAAGAUCUUGCAAGAACAUCACUUAGCAGCUCAUUCGCUACAUCCAGUUCAAGCCUGUUCUGGCCCUGUUAUGACCUGUUUUGUUCAUCGCUUGAUCCAGGCAUUCUAUUAUCACUGGGAUUUGUGGGUUAAGGAGACAGCGAACCCUACCCAGGUCGAAGAUGCAUAUGUCACUUCAAAUGUAUUUUACGAUGACAGCUUGAACUACUUUGAGUUAGCACGAGCUGGUGGCAUCAUCUCCCAUCUAAAAAAAACCCAUAGAGAUGAAUUGAAAACGGUUAUUGGGACUUCUGCCAUGUCUCGUCUAAGUAGCAGCUUCUCGUCCGCUAUAAGUUCACUUGUUGGUGCCCAGACCUCGGGUCAUGCGGCUUCAAAUCAGCCAGCAACAGAGGCGCUAGACAAGACGCUUGUGGAGAUGCUGGAUACCAUUGUUCUUAUGUAUUUCACUGCUGUCCAUAGACAGCUUAGCAAGGUUCAUGGAGUAACAGAAACAAUGAGAGAACACUCCAAGGCUUUGAUUGAAACACAGAAGAAAAUUAAAAGAUGCCCAGAAGAUAGAAAAGACGUUUUGGAACAGCUCGAACGUGCACGAAAAGUAUUUACAUCAGAGGCGACGGAAGUAGCAAGGCAUAUGGGAUGGGUUAAAUCUGUAAUAUUUUCAAAGGAAAAGCAAGAAGAUCUACAUUGGCUUCUCAAAUGUGUCCUUCGCACAAUAUCAGUUUGUCAAGGAACUGGGAAGCUUUUUGGUUUUCUGCCAGAAUUUUAUAUCGAGACGGCGAUCUACCUUUUCCAAGCAUUGUGGAACUUCUUUAUGCCUCUGACGUCACUUGGAAAUAUAGAUGGAUACGAAGGCACGCUUCAAAAAAUGGCAAACUUUUUGAGUGAAUCCUUAUGCAAUGACAGAAUUGUAAAUCCAGAUGUUGUCGAUACCAUCAUUCAAGGUGUUGCGACUUUUGUCUGUUAUCCAGAAACACUAAAUGCCAUCGAAAACACUGAGCAAGAAACGAAGAAGAAAGUCAUGAGUUACCUGAUGUCCGCUUACGACAAACGCACCUGGGUUCACACGACGUGGAUUCUAGUUCGAUUUUGGAGGGGAGAUGGAUUUGGUUUCAGGCAUGCUACCUCUCCUGAUCUUAUUCCAUUUGGGAUUUCAGAUCAAGGUGGCACAAUACGAGCAUUUACCCAGAAACCUUGUCCUUCAAAAGAGUUUCAAGGAAUGAUGAGAUCUCUAUGUCUUGGCGAUCAACAGCUGUCAAACGAUUUUCUCAAUGGUGUCCUUAACCAGCUCAAUUGGGCAUUUUCAGAAUUUGUAGGGAUUCUGCAGGAGAUCCAGCAAGCUACAGCCAGACUUGACGCGGCUCUCCCAGAUACGAGACAGCUGCGAACUUGUGGUAUCUGUUUUGAUUUGACAGUUGGACUUUUACGGGUUCUCGAAAUGGUUUGCAGCGUCGUGCCAGAGGUUUUCACUGACUACACGAGGCCAUCUGCGGAGCUAACUCUUGUUAGACUUUUUCAGGCUGUCGUGCAGAUACUAAACAGAGUGACAGCUAGCUAUAGGCUUUUUGAAACUCUUUCAAGGCUUCAUGCCACUGACAUCGAAAGACAAGAUCGCUACGCAGUUCUUGCAGCCAUCGCUGGCAUCUUGGUCACCAUGCUUUGGAGAGCAGACGACCCGCAGAGUAAAAGCCGAGCAACCCACGCUUUACUUGGAGAGCCAGGUUUCCAACUUGAACCAAUCGCAUUUUUAUCAGGCGAUCCAAACUCUGCAGUCUCCGCUGCUGGCAAGGCCACUAAACAACCACCUGUGGUGUUUUCUUUCCGCAAAUUCAAAGAGGUUUCAGAGUCAGAAGCAGAUGAAAUGGAGAGGCUGUAUGAAUAUUUAAAAGAAGAGAAUGCGAAUGUAAAAUACAAUAAACAGGAAUCAUUGGACGCCGAAACUGUGUGCCCAAUUUGUUAUGCCAUGCACGUAGCAGUGAAGUUUGUACCCUGCGGACAUACCUCAUGUCGACCGUGCAUCACUAGGCAUCUUAUGAACAAUAAACAAUGCUUCUUCUGCAAGGAGAAUGUGAAGAGUUUUAAGGACAUUGAAAUAGAUGUCUCUAUGGAAAGCAAAUAGAAGCAAUUUUGUAUUCAAUUAACUUGAGGUAGUUAGCACUAUUUAACACUUUAUUGAAAUAUAUCAUGAGAUGUAGAAUUAGAUUUGACCUUUACCCA